CAAAUAUAUUUAAGCGAGUAGUGACAACUGACACGUGGUUCCUACGUGUAAUCGUAAGAAAUAUAGCCGACAUGGAUGCGACGUUGAAAGAAUUGGCCGUGGAGCUGUACGAUAUUCAGGCCGUGAAAUUCGGUGACUUUAAGACGAAAAUCGGUCUGAGAACGCCGAUAUAUUUUGACCUGCGUAUGAUAAUCUCUUAUCCAGAAUUAAUGUUGAAAUUAGCGAGAGCUCUGUGGACACUGGUGGACGAUCCUACGAGAGUGUCCCGAAUUUGUGGCGUCCCAUACACCGCACUGCCGUUAAGCACUCUGAUAUCGGCGGAGGAGAAGAUUCCCAUGUUAAUGAAGAGAAAAGAAGCGAAGUCGUACGGCACGAAGAAGUUAAUCGAGGGUGUCUUCUCGCCUGGUGAGACUUGCGUGAUCAUUGAGGACAUUAUCACGAGUGGCAGCAGUGUUUUAGAAACUGUCGACAGCUUGAAGAAGGAAAAGCUAAGCGUGACGGAGGUUUACGUGGUGAUCGAUAGGGAGCAGGGUGGCAGGAAGAAUCUCGAGAAUCAUGGGAUCAAAGUCAAGAGUCUAUUUGUGGUUACGCAACUUAUGAGGUAUCUCCUAGAGGCUGGGAAGAUUACAUCCGAGGCAGUGAAGAACGUCGAUGAUUACUUGGUUACAAAUCGAGCGCCGAGCGUUUCUGUCCGAGGCGUGCCGGACGACAGAUUGAAGCUGCCAUAUAAUAAACGCGCGAAAUUAACGACGAAUCCAAUGGCCUCGAAACUGCUGGAGCUGAUGGAAUCGAAACAAACUAAUCUCUGCUUGGCGGCCGAUCUAAAGGAAACUGACGCAAUUUUGGAAUUGGCAAACGUGGCAGGGCCUCAUAUCGCUGUGCUGAAGACUCAUGUGGACAUCAUAGAAGAUUGUAACAAAAGCUUUAUACUUAAACUUAGAGAACUAGCGAGGCAGCACAGAUUUUUGUUGAUGGAGGACCGCAAGUUCGGCGAUAUUGGCAACACGGUAUCGUUGCAAUACAGACACGGUCUGUACAAGAUUGCCGAAUGGGCCGAUCUGGUCACGGUACAUCCGGUAUCGGGCGCGCCCGUCAUCAACGCGCUGAGAAAAAGCCUGGAAAGUAUCAGUGAACCCCGCGGCAUUUUCCUGGUUGCCGAGAUGUCGUGCGAAGGGGCAUUGACUACCGGCGAUUAUCUCAAGAGCGCGACCUCGAUGGCGGAGGCGGCCUCCGAUCUGGUGGUAGGCCUCGUGUGCCAGUCGAAUCUCUCGGCGCAACCCGGGUUGCUUCAGAUGACACCCGGUGUCAAGCUGUUGAAAAGUGGCGACGGGUUAGGCCAACAAUAUAACGAUCCGCGAUCCGUUGUCGGUGCCGGUGCCGAUUUAGCAGUCGUUGGCAGGGGUAUCACGGAGGCGCCUAAUGGUUAUCUGAAGGCCACUUUAGAGUACAAAAGAGAACUUUGGAACGCGUACGAGGAACGAAUAAACGUAUCCAAUAUGUGAUAGUAACAUUCUAAUAUCGAUAUGUCGUUUACAUAUUAUUUUUCUACAAUUUUAUCUUUCGUUCCGGUUGGAUUUGCUCGGUUGUUUGCUUAAUAGAACUCUAGUAGUACACUGCAUUGGCUAGACAUUGGCUAAACAUUAGUCCAAUAUUGGUUAUAUUAGAAAUUUAUUGGCCGAUGUUGUCCAACGUA